UUGCUAUGAGUGAGUUGUGAUCAACAUAACAUGUUUGUUGUAUGUUGGUUAGAUUGUAGACAUGUUCUACUUUAACAUCACCAAAAUCCCCAACAUCAAACCUUUUCAAACAAGAUUCUUCACCACAACCUCUUCUAUACUAAACCUCUGCACCAAACCACAACACCUUCAACAAAUCCAUGCCAGAUUCUUCCUCCACGGUCUCCACCAAAACUCUUCCCUUUCCUCCAAACUCAUCGAUUCUUAUUCCAACUUCGGACUCCUUCAUUUCUCUCACAAACUCUUCCACUACACCGAAAACCCAGAUUCACUUCUCUACAAUGCUUACCUUAGAAGCUUGUUUAGGUUUGGUGAAUAUGAAAAGACUCUUUUUUUGUAUAAAGAAAUGGUUGAGAAAUCAAUGUGCCCAGAUGAGGAUUCUUGUUUUUCUGUUUUGAAAUGUUGGAAUGGUUUGAUUUAUGAGGCUUAUGAAAGUGGGAAAUUUGUGGAAAGUUUUCAAUUUUUUUGUAGGAUGAGAAAAGAGAAUGUGCAACCCAAUUCAGUUACUGUGAUUAACUUGUUAAGGGUUAGUAUUGAAUUGAACUCGUUGAAGAUGGGGAAAGUUCUUCAUUCUUUGGUUGUUGUGAGUGAUUUGUGUAAGGAUUUAACAGUGAAUACUGCGGUGUUGUCGAUGUAUGUUAAGUUGGGUGAUUUAGAAGAUGCAAGAAUGGUGUUUGAGAAAAUGCCUGAGAAGGAUGUUGUAGUUUGGAACAUUAUGAUUUCGGCGUAUUCUGGGAAAGGUUACUCUAAGGAAUCGUUAGAACUUUUGUAUUGUAUGGUUAGAUCGGGGGUUAGACCCGACUUGUUCACAGCGAUCCCCGCGAUUUCUUCGAUCACGAAGCUAAAGUUUAACGAGUGGGGGAAGCAAAUGCAUGCUCAAGUGAUGAGAAAUGGUUCAGAUUAUCAGGUUUCUGUUCAUAAUUCUCUUAUUGACAUGUAUUCAAUGUGUGACAACAUAAAUUCGGCGCAGAAGAUUUUCGGAUUGAUAGUGGACAAGACUGUGGUUUCGUGGAGUGCGAUGAUCAAAGGGUAUGCAAUGCAUGGUCGGUGUUUCGAGGCGCUUUCUCUGUUCGUAGAAAUGAAGUUAUGUGGUACUAAAGUUGACUUUGUAAUAGUAAUCAACAUUUUGCCUGCUUUUGCAAAGAUAGGGGCAUUGCAUUAUGUAAGAUACUUACAUGGUUACUCGUUGAAAACCAAUCUGGAUUCGCUCAAAUCGCUUAAGACGUCGCUUCUUAGUAGCUAUGCCAAAUGUGGUUGCAUAGAGAUGGCUAGAAAGCUUUUUGAUGAAGAGAAAAACAGCCAUAAAGAUAUAAUUGCAUGGAACUCUAUGAUCACUGCAUAUUCCAACCAUGGAGAGUGGUUUCAAUGUUUUCAGUUAUACGACCAAAUGAAGCUAUCAAAUGUUAAACCAGAUCAAGUAUCGUUUCUCGGGAUUCUCACGGCUUGUGUUAAUUCAGGCCUUGUGGAAAAGGGCAAGGAGAUUUUCAAGGAGAUGGUGGAAAUUUACGGUCACCAACCUAGUAAGGAACAUAACGCUUGUAUGGUGGAUUUGUUAGGACGCGCUGGAAAAAUCGAUGAAGCAAGCGAAAUAAUAGAAAACAGUCGAUUAAAUUCAGAUGCAAAGGUUUACGGACCCUUGCUAAGUGCAUGUAAGAUGCACGAUUCAGAAAGCGAUUUCGCCGAACUUGCUGCUGAGAAACUCAUAAAUAUGGAACCGAAAAAUGCUGGAAACUACGUGCUGCUAUCGAAUAUAUAUGCUGCAGCAGGAAAAUGGGAGAAAGUUGCUAAAAUGCGGAGUUUUCUUAGAGAUAGAGGACUAAAGAAAAUACCAGGGUGUAGCUGGGUAGAGUUGAAUGGACUAGUGCAUGAGUUUCGUGUUGCGGAUCAAAAUCAUUCAAGAGCAGAAGAUAUAUAUUCAGUAUUGAAAGUUUUGGAGUUUGAAGCGGGCAUGGAGAAUGAUGAUGAUCUCGAACUCGGUUUUGGAGUUUGAAGCAGAAGUUAAUUGAUAAGCCAAUUCACCAUACACUAACGUUUAAGAUAUUCUGAUGUGUUGUUAUACCAUUGUUACAAACAGUUAUACAUAUACCUUUGUAUUGAUUCCAAUAGUUAUUCAAUUUUAUUCUUGUAAUUUUUCAGAUUGAACCAAUGAAGAGGUCUUCUCUCACUCUCUAUCUAGAUUCAUAGAACACCAUAGCUUCAGGUGGAUUCUUUGUCCUAAAUGUCUGACACACACUAUGAUCCACGGUAAACCUGAUUUCUGAAAAUUCAAAGAUAGUACAGCAACAACACCAAAAUGGGAACGCAGGAGGGAAUACCUUCGGUUACGAAAGCUCGGCAGCAGCCAGAGCAACCUCUACGAUUAACACCUCCCUGGAUACUGCGGCUUGAAAGCUAGACAUCCAUUUGGACAGCGCUUCUACAGAACCAAUGCAGCCGACAGCUGCCCCCACCUCUCGAACCAACUUUUAUUCUUUCCAUCCUAAGCAGUUUUUUGGAUUUGAAAUCCACUGACUAAGCGGAAAAACAAAUCUCUCACCUUAGCCUUCAUCCA